UAACUUGCAAGCAACACUUGGUAGUAAUUGUAAAUGUUAUUUGUCUUUGGAUAGUACAGUCUUUUAUUGUAUUUAUAACCAGUUGAAACUGGAAACCGUUUCCAUGUGAAGUUAUAUUUUAAGAGAUCAAUUUUUGGUAUCGCAAUGGAAAACAAUCACGUAAAUGAGAUUAAGGACGUAUCCUGGCUUCCAUUUUUAAGACAAUUUUACAUUUGUUCCGGGGAAACAAUAUUACAUUUUUGCUAUGGCCUGUAUUUUGGAGCGCCGACUGUUUUCAUUCCACAAAUACGAAAGGAGGCUAAUACAACUGAAGUUAUAACCUUACAAAUGGAGUCUUGGUUAACGUCUACUAUGUCCUAUGCAUCUAUACCAUGGACUAUAAUAUUACCAAUAAUGGCUUACCACUUUGGAAGACGGGCACCUGCGUUUCUUUUAUGGACUUUAGUAUUGAUUGGUACCGUUAUAAUAUUCAACAGCACCACUGUUAUAGAAAUCCUCUGCGGCCAGAUAAUAGUUGGAAUUCUUCCAGGCGCUGUUUCAACAAUAUCAGUUAUGAUAUUUACGGAAUAUACAUCACCUAAAUAUAGAGGAGUUUUUCUAACACUGAAAGUUGCAACAUACUUUUGGGGUGUUUUAGUCGCCAAUGCAAUUGGAACAUUCUUUUAUUGGAAAAAUAUUAUAAUUCUUAUGUUGGUAUGUUGCGCGAUGAGUUCCACUAUUUUCUUUUGCCCUGAAUCUCCAAUGUGGCUUGCUAGUAAAGGACGAUUUGAUGAAUGUAUUAAAGUACAUCAUUGGCUGAAUGGACAUGAUGCUGUUUCUGAAAACGAGUUAUUAUGUCUUAUCAAACUAAAUAAAAGUAAAAUAUCAGAUAUUAAUCGAAAUGAAUUGAAAACAAACUUUUUCAUGAAAUUUAUUCAAAUCAUAAAAAGAAACACAAUUUAUAAGCCUAUUCUGUUUUCGAGUCUUACAAGUCUUCUAUUUAUUUGUUCUGGUAAACUAGCAUGUUCUGCAUAUGCAAUUCCAAUAUUUAACAAAAUAACAACUUCUGAAGAGGCUGCAUAUAACGGAAUGUUAAUAUUGGAUGUUUUUUCUGUCCUUGGAAUGUAUGUUGGUUGCGCUCUUUCGAAAUAUUUUAAAAGGAAAGCCGUACUUAUAUGUACAAGUUUAAUGGGAGCUAUGAGUCUAUUUAUAUUAUCAUGUUAUUUGUAUCUAGUUAAAUACUCAAUUGUUACUUUGAAUCAAUAUCUAACUAUUACGUUGCUCACGAUAUUUUCAACCGUAAUUAGCAUCGGUCCAAUUGUAUUAGUGCCAUGUAUACACGGAGAAUUAGCACCAAUUAAAUACAGAAGCAUUUAUUUUAUAUUAAAUUCAAUUAUUUUAUCUAUUUUAAUUGGAACUACUAUAAAAAUCUUACCAUUUUUAUUAAGAUAUGGUGAAAUUUAUAUUGUAUUUUCGGUUUUUGGAUUUAUGACAUGUGUUCUUGCUCUAUUAGUUUAUAAAUAUUUACCAGAAACAAAAGACAGGUCUUUAUCAGAAAUACAACAAUUGAUAGAAGGAAGUGUAACAGAAAUACAGAAAGAAAAGGCAAAUGUAGAACACACAACAUAUAUCUUUAAUGGAACUACUUGCGAAGGUGACUGUCGAAACGAAAAUUUUUCAAUUCAAGAUCAACGUAUUGAUUUGCUAAUAGAUAAUAGAAAUGGAUAGGUGAGAAAAAAAAUGUUUUAUAUUAGUAUUAUUAAAAGUUCAGCUAUUGUCUAAGAAAUGUAUGACCUUAUCUAAACAAUUGUUCAUUAUGUUGUUUAAAUAUAUAUUAUUAAAUAAAGUAAAUUUAUUUAAAUUCUUAAUAUCCUUACCAUAAUCUGUCAAGAAUGUACGAUUUCAUCAAUGUCUUUAGCAAUCGUACACCGAAAAUCUAUUUAAACCGUUCAGGACAGUAAACCAACAUAGGUUGAACUUUUGUACCAUUGCUUUGCAGCAGAAACAAUUCCCACUCUGACAUCCAUUUAGUCGGAAUCGUGUGCAAAUGAAUGGUAAUCUCGUAACUGGUAGGUUUCCACAAAAAAAAUGAACUGAAAUGUCUUAAGAAACCAACAGUGAAUAUGUUUACGAUCACACUUUAUAAUGACGGCUGUAAGUUGACAGAAUCUGUAUAAGAAACUACAAAUUGUGUGUGUAUGUACUUAUACUUAUUAUAUAAAUAUUCAUUACUUAUUUAUUAUCAAUAAUAAACAUUUGAAAUUUA